CCUGCACUCGGCCCCGGCCGUGCUGUGGGAGAGGAGCCCACCUCAGGGUGCAGGAUCCGGCCGUGCCCCAGCCCUCUGCCCGUCUCUGCCUGAAAAUGCAGGGGGCCUCGCAGCCCCUCUCGCUCCUGGUGCUGCUCGUCCUCACCGCCAGCGCCCGGGGACAGGCCGGCACCGGCCCCAAGCAGCUGCAGCCCUGGCUCAUUGGCCUCACGGCCGUCGUCGUCUUCCUCUUCAUCGUCUUCGUGCUCUUGCUCGUCAACCGGCUCUGGCAGCUCCGGAGGCGCAGGAAGCAGGACGGCCUCCAGGACACCCAGGGGACCGGCAGGCUGGAGCGGGCCGGCCGCACCAACCCAGCGGCAGAGAAGAACAGCGACGAGGAGAGCGACAGCGAGGAGCAAAGCAAGGCCACGUCCUUCUGAGGCGGUGACCGUCCGCCGCCCACCCGGUGCCCGGCCCUGGGGACGCCCCGUCGGGGACCACGUCCUCAGCCCCGUCCGCGGGUUGCAGAUCCGCGCCGGGUUUUACGGGGCGGCCGAGGGGCGGGAGGUGCCGCGGCGGCCCCGGCUGCCGCCAAGACCCGGCGUGGAUCAACUACCCGCCGGAGUGGAUCGGGCAGGAGGUGAUGAGGGACAGGAGCGGGGUCGCCCCGCACCCCCCAGCCCUGGGGGUCCCGCCCGUUGGGGGGGCGGCGGGUGCCCCGGCUGUACCCCAGUAAAAGGUCUGCAGCCUGC